GCAUUUAAUUUAUACAUACGGAAUCCGCAUGUUUAACUAUAAACGACGACACGACUACGACGAUAACAACGACAAUAUUACCAUCCCGACAAAAGAAUCUUGAAAAACAGCCUAAAAACUUAUAAAUAACAAUUAGUUUUAGUUUUACCGUUUGAAUUAUAGCGCGUGAAAAAGUUUCGACCUGAGUUCUGAACAACAACAAGAAUGAAAAAACCAGCAACAACAGCACACAGUGUGAUCAGUUUUUGUUUUGUGUGACGGAUUUUCCGAUCAAACGUUUCGUUUUUUUCCGCGAGAAAAUUGAAAUUGUGAAGAGCGGUUUUUUUCGCGCGCGCGAUUACCCAAAGACUUGUUGACAGCUUGAUUCCGUUCGUUCGCUCGCUUAGUCUUGUGUUUCGUUGAUGUGUGUUUUUUUUGCGUGUGUGCAAAACGCAGAGUGUAAUUAGAACACUUCAUGCCAAUUAUUUGCCGUUCUUGAUUCGUUUUUUUUUUCACCCGAAACUCCGAACAACUAUUAACUGGCAUACUCAAGCGAAUAAUCAACACCGGCGCAUAGUGAAAUUGUUUAACACAUUCUGUUGUCGGUUGUUUUUCCCCUUCUUCUCUUCGUUAGUUUCAUGACAAAGAGGAAACUAUAUUUUUUCACCUUUACCGUGAAUUUAUCACGCAACAAUUUUGUAAUAUAUUCACCUUGGUGCUUCUAUUUAUUGUUACCUCUCAACGUGUGCUAAUGACUUCCUAAUUUAACUAGACAACCCAAAUUAAAUGUGUGUGUAUGAGAGAGAGAGAGAGAGAGAGAGAGAGAGAGAGAGAGAGAGAAAGAAAAUAAAUUGUGAGAAAAGAAUUGCCAAUUUUGUGAACAUAUUUUGAACACGGUACGAUAACAAAAAUUUGUUAAUGGACUCGAAACGAUAAUUGAAUACUUUCAUCAUUUUCAGUGGGAGAUCAAGCCGAACAAUAACAAAAACCGCAGCAACAUGAUGUGUUUGCAAUAAUAAAACAGUUUUUUUCAUGAAGUUUCUUUCCAAAUCAAGAUCAUCUAUCGCAAAGUGAAGAAAACUUUAAAAAAAACCAAUUGAACUGUAUUUUUUUUCAAUUUCGAGUCUGUUUUUCCAUCGAAUCUCUCCAUCGUCAUCAAAGUGAUCAGCGAAAAUAAAUUUUCAAAUUCAAUAAUCGGUUCGUCAGAUAAACAAAAUGUACGAAAGCUCAUGUUCAUAUCAGUCUGCAUUGGACUUAAAACGAGCAUCACCAAUUGCACAGAUUAAAUCAGAGGAUGGAUUCGGGAUGGCACAGUGUUCAUCUGAUUGGGCCACAUAUCGGUUUCAUCAAUCGACAUUCGAGCAAAUCAAGCAAAGUGUGAAAAAAGCGAAAGCUGCACUACAGGAUCGCAACUCAUUUUUGACAACGAGUGCGUUUAGUGAAAUAUAUACGGCGCCGCGGCUGGCAGAAUCGCUAGAAAACAGUAUGUCAUUCGGCAGUAGCUGUCUGACAAACGCCAAUCUUGGCCAUAUCAAUAGUAAUAAUUUUAAUUCGUCAAACAGCAACGCUUCCACAACGAUAAACAAUGCACACUUACAACAGAAACAUCGAAUCGACGCGUUGACAACUAUAUCAACGGGAUCGACAACCAUUCCAACCACCAACACCUUAUCCACCUCAUCUCUAUCACAAUCCAUGGACAGUAUUGUUGAUUCAAAAUUGCGACAAGAGCCUGCUCCAUUUUCCUUCAAAUUGGGCUGGGGUUUAACAACUCCAACGCAAUCUUCAUCGACUUCAAGUCCAACGACUUUUCUACAUCAAUCACCUAGUACAACAAUAUCGACAACCACAGCCGCCAGUACGAGUACUGAGAAUUUGUCGGCUUUGACAUCAAAUCAUGUUAGACAUUCGACAGAUAUCAGAGAUCCUGCCGAACCAUAUUCAUCCUACAAGUCAUCGUGGGGAACACAUAGUAAUUCACAAGCACAAGGCUACACAACAAAUACGUUGACAAACGCAAAUGUAGGCAUUGGAAAGUCAUCGUUGGAUUCACAUUCACAUUUUAGACAAUCAGAUCCAUAUCAAAUGUUUGGUCCAACGAGCAGUCGAUUAGCAAGUUCAGGUUCCGGUCAAAUUCAACUUUGGCAAUUCUUGUUGGAGCUACUCAGUGAUUCAAGCAAUUCAGCGUCUAUUACAUGGGAAGGAACAAAUGGUGAGUUCAAACUAACCGAUCCCGAUGAAGUAGCCAGACGCUGGGGUGAACGCAAAUCAAAGCCAAACAUGAACUACGAUAAACUAAGUCGCGCAUUAAGGUAUUAUUAUGAUAAGAAUAUCAUGACAAAAGUACAUGGCAAGCGUUAUGCGUACAAGUUUGACUUUCAAGGCUUAGCUGCCGCCACACAACCAACCGCCACCGAUCCAGCUUACAAAUAUCAAAGCGAUCUAUUUAUGACGCCAUACCAUCACGGCACCAAAUUGACAUCAUUCAUGAAUCCACACCAUGGCAUCACCUCUUCAUCCUCAUCGAUAUUUCCAUCGGCUGCAUCAUGGGGCAAUUGGAGCAGUCCAGCAACGAACAUCUAUCCAUCGCAUUCGAUGAGCCAUGUAACACCGUCGCAUGUCGCACCACACUUAGGCUCGUAUCCGCACUACGCAUAGCAAUCAGCAUCAAAUUCAUUCAAAACAGAGGUCAAAUAUUCUAGCAAUCAAUAUAAUUUAUAAGUCUUUCCCUAUGUUUGAAAUGAAUCUGAUUUUCUUAUACAUUUUAUUUUUUUUUUUUUUCUAAAUUCUAAUUUCCUCUUCAUGUAUUUAUUGAUUUGAUUUUAAUAUUUUCCUUGGAAGAAACCUUUCCUAUUGAAAACAAGACAUACAGAAAUAGAAACAGAGCAAAAUUGUCUUAAGUUUAACGCAGAAGAUGUAUUUAUGUACUCGUCACAGUAUUAGCUUGCUAAGAGUAAAAGAAGAAAAACCACAACAACAACAACAACAACCACAAAAAAAAUAUUUAUUGGUAAUAGUAGUAAUUGAUGAAAAAAAAGAAAAGAAUAGCCAUAGAUUUAAUGUUAAUCCGUGAAGUUAAAUUGUAAGUACAAAAACUCAAAGUGAAGACAAAAAAAAAACACAGCGAUAUACAAGGAUAUUAUGUCUUGAUAUUAAAGUAGCUUGAGAUUGAUCGGUGUGGUGUUUUUUUUUUCAAUCACCUAAACAGAAGAACAAAAUAUAAUACAUAUUUCAUGUUUAAUACGUGGAACUAAAACCAAAAACCGAAAAAAACAAACCAAAAAAAGUUUAAUCAAUGGAAUAAAUGCAUAACUUAAAUGAUCGUUCGUUAUAAAUGCUAGUCAUAUUAGAGUCUGUGUAUCUAAAUGUGUAAAAAAAAAUUCCAAUUUCUUUUUAUUGAAUAAUCAAUUAAUUUAUCCUACUAACAUUUAAUGUGUAAUCAAAGCAAGAACAACAACAAAAAUUAACCAACAAAAAAAGAGUAUUAUAAAUUUAAGGCGUAACCAUAAGAAAUUGAUGAAAAUAUGUUGAAUUAUCAGUUAAAAUCGACGAGAGAGAGAGAUAAAUAGAGUAAAGAGAGAUAAAAGAGUAAAACGAAAAGAAAAA